AUGGUAGAAGAGACGCUGUCAGACUUAGCAAAAAAAAAAUUUUUUGAAAAAGCUUCGACAGGGACUCGAACUCGGGACCCCAAAGUUGCCAGGCAGAUCAAAAUGAAGAAACACGAUCCAGAUCGUCAUAAGAGACCUGUGUUUCCUGUAGAUUUUAGUGUGAUGCCAUGCUUGGUUGAAAGAUCACAUGAAAAUUCUCCAGUUUCGACAUCAUCUAGAGAGUCACUCUCUAUAGCCGACGAACCAAGAUCACCAGUUAAAUUGUCACCAAGAGCUUCAAAUUCACCAAAACUAAAUUGGUCACCAUCACCACCUUCUUCACCAAAAUUAAAUGGUACAUCAACAUUUGAGGCAAUACGAAGAACAUUUGAUGAUUUCGGUUUUGAAGCAUCUCCUCUAAAGUCAAAAAGUAGAGUUGAACUAAAGAGGUAUAUCGAGAGAUUAGAAGAGAAAAAUAAAGAUUUAGAAGAAGACAAUAAAACUCUUCAUGAUGAAAUGUUCCACAAAAUAAAAUUUCUAUCAGAUUUACAACAAAAGUAUGAUGAAUGUAUAGAUACAAUCGUAGAAUUAAAUAGUAAAAUAUACCAACUAGAAAAUGGAUGUAAUGUAGAUUCGUCUGGUCAAACUAUGGUAUCAUUACAAUCAUCACAAGCUAAAGAUCGAGAAAUAGCUGAAUUAAAAAUGGAUAUGGAAGACAUAGAAAAAGACAGUCAUUUAUGGAGAGUCCGCUGCAACCUCCUUGAUGUUGAUAAUGAUUCACUAAAAACUCAGAUAGCCGAGCUCGAACAAACCAUAAUAGAGCUGAGAAAUGGAAAUGGUGGUCAAUCACGACCAACAAGCAACAGCUCAAAAUCCAAACUUUCAAAUCGCGUAAGACCAAAGACAAGAAACCUCCAGUUUGAUCAAAUAAUGAAUAAACCCGAGAAAGAUGCAUCCCUAGCUAUAGCAGAUACAGACAAUCUAAAACAAUGUUUACCAUCUAUGGAGUCCAAGAGACCAAAACGACCAUCUCUCGCUAAAACAACUGAUACUAAUACCAGUGGUCAAACUCUACCUAAAGCAACUAAGUCUUCAACCAACAUAAAAGAAUUAAGAAGCAAUACUCCCUACCUUCCUCCGAUUGAAUGUUUAGUUGGGUCUAAAUACUACCCUAAACCGCCAUCUCAUCCAAACCCCAAACUUCAGCAAGCUUCUACCCGUUCUUCUACACCAAUCUGCAACCCAGUUCUUCCUACAGAUAGUCAUUUCAAGUUACCACAUCUACCAUUUCCACCAAGUAAACCCAAAACCAAUAAAACAAGAAAAUAUAUUCGCUAA